AUGUUCUACUACAUCUCAUUCCUACGACCUCCUCCAUCAUAUGUCAGCUUGUCCGGAAAGCUUUGCAUUACACCACAGAUCACCAAUGACCUUCGUACCGAAUUUAAUCACAGCACGCAAGACAUCUUCUACAUCUGGUCGUCACCACUAGGAACCCAGACCAGACCAAAUAAAUUGACCACUUGGCGACAAGAGAAUGCAUACAAGGAGAUUAUUGUUCCCUUGCCACCUUUAGUCCGAGACGGCCAGGAAUGGACGCUUAUCUUGACCGCCUCUUCGACGGCUUCAGAUGCCAUUGUUAACCUUCAAGACAGCGACGUCCUGGGAAGACUACCCUUUGGGGUCUUAUCUAUGCCAGUGCAAUUUGGACGGUCCACUGCAACAGAGAAAAAACAGGCAAGGAUUGAAAGAAUUUAUGCUUUGCAUCGCGGCACGAUGAAGAUAACAGAGCAGACUUCAUUCGACUUGGAUAAGAAAAUAUGGGACAGUGGUAUCGGUCUCAGUUCUUGGUUGGUCACUAAAUCAAGAUUGGCACAACUGCCUGAAACGCUGCAGACGGCACUAUUCUCUAAAGAGAAUAGAACUAUCAUUGAACUGGGUGCGGGAACAGGCGUUUUGUCCUUGACUCUGGCAGCCUUGCGCGAUGAACGGGACGACAGCAAGUCUUGUAUCAUGACUACCGAUCUGGAGUCAGCGAUCCCUCUUUUGGAGCACAAUAUCGCAUCUAACGGGCACUUGCUUCCCUCCGGCUCGGCCCGUCCGAAAGCCAGUGUGUUGAACUGGGAUGAAGACCUGCCCGAUUAUAUCAAAUCGUUGGACGACGGCUUUGACGCUGUAAUCAUGGCCGACGUCACAUAUAAUACAUCUUCUUUUCCGGGUCUCCUUCGCACACUCGCAAGUCUUACGACGAUGAGUGCAAAACGUCCCUUAGUCCUCUUAGGAUACAAAGAACGCGAUGAAGCAGAACGCACCAUUUGGGUCAUGGCAAAGGAGAUUGAUAUUCACUUCAAAAAGGUUGACGAGAUCGCAGGAUCAGGUGGUAAUCCGGUAGAAGUUUGGAUAGGUGAAGUGGAAUGCACAGCGAGAGAAACUCUUCGAUGAGGACAAGCGAUAAUCUAUACGAGUCAGAAUUGUAUUUCAAGAUACCAUCGAAGGAACUUUCUCUCGAACAUAACAUAAUUAAAUUAGAAGUCACCGCUAGCGGUACUCUUUGACGAUCUGACUCGAGGCGAACUGUUCUCCGACCACUUCCUCCUUACCUGCCGCCCAGCGUCGAUACACUGGCGAACGACAAACGCUACGCCGGCGAACGAAGAUCGCCAAUCUUCAACUUCGUCACCUAAUCUCUACUACCUCAAAACAUAUACACUCAACUAUCAGUGUUGUAAACGCCACGAGACGCCUCCCCGAAUACUUCAACACC